UAAAAUGAACAAUGCUAACAUUCACAAAAUUUUUCUACUGACUAAAACGUAUAGUGCAUAAAUAAUAGAAUAUUGUUGAAAAGAAAUUGAAAACACCCCUCAAGGACGUACAAUCAUUGCAAACAUCCAGAAUGGCCGGACCAUACUUAUCACCUCUUCCGGGCGAUUUGCUCACCGAGUAUAUGUUCGGAAGACGUCGUCAAAGAAGGAACAGGACAACCUUCACCCCUCAGCAGUUGAGCGAGCUGGAGUCCUUGUUCCAGAAGACUCACUACCCUGACGUAUUCCUGAGGGAAGAAGUGGCCCUAAGAAUAAGCCUGUCCGAAGCUAGAGUUCAGGUAUGGUUCCAGAACCGUCGAGCCAAGUGGCGCAAACAGGCACGACUGCAACUUCUUCAGGACGCGUGGCGGAUGCGCUGCCUCGGCCUAGGCACUUCGCCACUGUCAAUGCCAGGUCAUGCAAAACCGCCGGAUUCAUCACCAGAAGCACCAGAGUCACCUUCGGAGAAAGACUCGCCUGAGCCACCGCUAGACAACAGGGAGAUCAAGUCGCCCCGCCAGGAUUCGUACAUGCAUAACUCUAACAUGCAAGAAUCUUUGCCUCCUGUUUCCACAGCGAUCCACGAUAUGCCUCCUCAAAUGUACGGAAGCGAAGAUGGCAGAAUUCUGCAACCGCCAUUCCCUUUUCCACCGAUGAUUAUGAAUCAAUCGAUGGAUAACACAGACAUAGUUCCAACUGAUUUAAGAGUUCUUUCCAAGAAUUGUCCGUGUGCGACUUCUGUCCAAGACCUAGAAGAACCCCAGAAUUUAGCCUAUCGAGCACGGAGAGAAAAGGACACCGAUAGCGAAAGCGAUACAGAAAUAGAUCUUACAUCACAUUCAUCGAAAGACGACGAUCUUAGGGAAUCGGAGAGAUUGGCUAAUAGGAUAGCCACAAACAUUUUUAGAAGUGACACAGUUUUGCAUGAUUUGGUACCCAAUGAUUUAAGUCUCGGUUCCGUAAAGAAUAAUAAUGAGUUUUAGCUGGUUAGCAAAAUAAUAAGGAUAUUUACAAUUCUAAAUAUUUCACAUUUGCAGAUUUUAUUUGAACAGUGUUAUUAUAGCAUUAUUAUAUUUACUUUGUCAUUUGAUUGUCUGUUUAGUUAAUAUUUUCACAUGUAAGGUGAUUAAAAUUUAAUCAAAACUGUAAUGGAUAAGUUGACAGUAGACAAUUUUGUAUUAAACUUAGUGCCUAAGUAGAAACUGUAGAAAAAUGUGAUAGCAGUAGGUAGAUGAUCUCGAAAUGUAUUCCAAAGACUACAUAAUUAAGAGUAAAUAAAAUGCAUAAAUUAUAAAAUAGCACCACGUAAUAUCUCUUUAUUGAUAUAACAUAGUUGUAUAAAUAUAAUCAAGUAUGUACAUUUACUGUAAAUAAUUAUCACAAUAUAUAAGUAAACGCCAUAAAUAUAAACUCUACUAUACAUAAUUUCGUAUACAAGUUUAUUUACAAAAAAGAUACCUAACUAUAUUAUUAUGAAAUUUACACCAUUUUCAUUAAAUUACUUAUUAAGAUAUAAGUUUAUAAGCGGCGAAGAUCAAUCUUAUAAAAUCUUCUAAAUACAUAAUGCUGGGUAAUUUUAUAAUUGGGAAUAGAAAUCCCUCUUUUAAUUACCCUUAAAACGAGUCAAUUGAUAAUCCCAUAUUACUUUUGGCCCUGAAUUAUUAUUUGGGAUUUAUUUGAAACUUGCAAAGAAAUAUAUCGAUAGAUCUGUUUAGAUCUAUAGAUUUUAUAGUAACCUAGAUUAACGGUUCCCCGCAAAAUAUGUUUAUAUAAAACUCUUAUAAUUUUGGAGGUUCAAAAUACCACAGGCAAUACUAGUUAUUUAAUUUUGUUGCAUACAAGAAUGCUUUUGUUAUCUACUGUGAUAGAUGAAGGGCAUCUAUGUUUUCCAAGUUACUGUCUCAUAAUUAGUUAAAUUAUUCAAAGCAGUCUUUUAGAUCUAGCCCCUACAAUAAAUAGGAUCUAAUAAAUCUGAGUUCGAAAUCCUUUAAAUAGUACAACGUCCAUAAACCUAAUAAUAAAUGACUUUACCAUACUUCGUUAACUUUAAUAGAUUAGAGAGCAGAACUGAUUACUAUGAAACAGCAUAAAAAAUACACAAGAAGUUUGGUUUAGUUAUCAGUUACAAAAUUAUAAUCACCACUCAUUUAUUUGGAUAAAUGGUUUUGGAUGACAAUGCGUCACGGAUAAAGUAGUAUAAUAUAUAAGGGUGUUUUGAUUAGAGCACGUCUGUCUCUAUUAUGUGUAGUUGAUUUUAUGCUGUCGUUGAUAGCAGCCAUUGAAUGUCCUCUGAUUUUCAAAGAUAGCAGUGAUUGUAAAGGCUUAUAGGCAGUCAUCGGACGUCUUCAAAAUCUAAGUAUUAAUGAGAAUGGUGUUUAAAACAUCCAGAUUCAUAUUGGGAAGGCAUAGCCUAGCCUUAGUUCACUUACAAAAAGACGAUCCUUAAAGCACUUUAGUCGAAGCUUAGCAGCAUAGGCUGUGGUAUACUACCAACAUGAGGUAUUUGGAGAUGUUCUGUACGUACUGAAGGCACUGUAGUUAAUUAAGUUGACUUUGAAUGUCAUUUACAAUGGGUUGUAAUUGUGAAGGUGCAGUUCACUUCUGAUACAGCUGGUAGGCAGUCAUCAGACAUUCAACUUUUAUGUAUGCAUUAACAGAAACUUUGAAUAAUUCUGUGAUGUCAUUUGCUACACUAUUUAUAGUGAUUUUGUAGGUAAGAUUCCUUUCUGAUAUAGCUGGUAGCCAGUCAUCAGACAUCUCAAAAGUCUUAAGUAUUGAUGUGCCAAGAAAGUCCAAAUCAUAGGUAUGUGUUGUCCAAGUCUUAAUUAUUUAUGAGAAUGGUAUCUAAAGACAUCUAGAAUCGUGUUGUGCACACCAAGCAGGAGACAUGGCAUCAGGUCUUAAUCCCCUUGCAAUAAGUCGUUCUCUAAAUCGUUGGAGACGAGGCUCAGCAGAAUUGGGCAAGGAUAAAGGAUCUGACCAUAAUCUCUCCGCCACUGCUGCUGCCCGUGGCCAAACGCGAGUAUCUAAAGCAUUCUCAUCGACAUAUUCCGUCCACAUUGCAACUUCUCCGCCUAACACGUUAGAGUCUUUUGGCAGCAUAUGGGUAUACAUUCUUCUCCAAUUGGAAUACUUCGUCUGUCCCCAGAAUCCAUGAUCCAAAUACCAUAUAUCUUUGGGCACAGAUACAGUUCGAUAUCCAAGCCUUAAAAGAUCUAUUAGAAGAGAACUUAGCACAGGUUCCCAUACUUCGAUGAUGUAUCUGUCUUUACUCAAGUACUUCUGUAUCCUAUGUGCCUGAGUCAGUUCCGAAGACCAGAUCAUCACUGGUUGCGGUUCAUUAAUACCCAGAGACUUCAAUUCUUCGUCCCAAGCUUGUAGGGCGUUAGUGUGGAAGUCUCCCCACAAUUUUAUGAACCCUUCCACAGUUCUCUCCAUGCCUUUGUCUUCCAUGAAUUUUACUAUUGCCUCGCUCGAGUUCCAGCACCCGAAGAAAACCUCGUCACCUCCCAUAUGAAAGACAGCCGGCUUGGGAAGAACUUCAGCUAUAUCCCUAUACAAGUUUCUCAGAACUCGGUACAUGACGGGAUUGGCCGGAUUCAGCUGACCACAAGGGGGCUCGAUGCAGAGAUGUCUCCAAGGUUCCGAGUUCACGCACACGGCUAGAUCGCCGAAGCCAUAGUCCUUCCCCCACUGCCAUCCGUUUCCUGCGUGCGCCGGCGCAUCUAUCUCUAUGAUGACGCGUACUCCUCGAAUUUGGGCAUAUUUGAUCAGUUGACGCACUUCCUCCGCAGAAUAGAUCUCGGAAGAUGAGUAAGCACCGUACCUUGUAAACUGCGGUACCCUUGUUGACUCCAAAGGAAAACUGUGCGAAUCAGUGACAUGCCAAUGGAAAACGUUCAUUUUAGUUGAAGCCAUGCCGUCGAUCAUUCUCUUGAUAUCUUUCAUCGGUAUGAAGUGUCUAGAGGUAUCCAGGACUAAACCCCUGUGUUUGUAUGCGGGUUUGUCUCUGAUCUUGGCACCUAUGACAAUACGCAGACCACAUUCAGUUUGGCGCGAGUGGUCGGGCUUAUCUGACGUCACCAGUUGGCUGAAGGUUUCUAAACCGUGACGCAUUCCGUACACGUUUUCGGCGUCGAUCCGAACUGCUACACCGCUCUCUUUCGUCUGCACAUCGAGGAAGUACUCCUCGUUUGUGUCCCAGGUGAGGUCGAGGCUUGUGCCUCUCACGGUAAGGUAGACCACCACACGGGUGUCCGUCAAGUCGGUGACGUUGCCCGCGCACUCGGCUAUCAGGUUCGAUGACGUCACUUGCGUCAUCUGCGCGACCAUCUCUCUCGCCUCCGCUGGGACGUUGCUCAAAUCAUACCGCAAGUUCGUGGGAUGUAUUUUCACUGUUUGUGUACUCAGAACAGCGGACACGGGCUUCGGCCAGAUUCCGCCGAAACGGCCGCAAACAGUUCGACAGAGUGACAAGCUGUCGUAGUACAAUGAGGAGUUACCCGCUGGCAUAGGCCGGUUGGACCGCUGGCAACCGUCGGUCCCCAUACACUUGUAUACCCAUGAUGGUUCGUAAACUAUGGGUGCUGGGUCCUUGAUAUCAUUCUCAUUGCAGUGCACCAAGUGAACUGCUAUCACCACGAACAGGAUCCAUUGGGAUGACAUUGCAAUUUUUAAUUCUUAUUUCGGAGGCUUAUCGAAGAAUCAAAGCUCGCGUUUUACUGGAUGCAGUUUUGUUUACGAAUAAACAAACACUUUUCUAGCACACAACUGUCACUUUCAUUCAACUAUCGCAUGUGACGAGGAAAAAGUAUAUACACAAGCGCACAUACUAAAACUUUUUGAAACAGUUCAGAAAGAAUCACAUUUUUUUUUAAAUAACAGAUUUUUAUUCUGUGCCUGCACUGAGGUUUUUGUUUUCUGCUUUUUACCGAACACGAAACGGGCAAAGGCACUAAAACCGGCCCGACGUUUUUGCCUUUUUAUUUAUUUAAUAUGAAUGCUUUUUGUUUGCACACAGAAUGUGUGCACGGAGAAGGUCGGCUAUACUAUGAACGGUUUGCCGAUAUACAUAGUUGUUUUAAGUAAUUUUAUUAUUGUUCGACUCCGACGGCUUCGGAAACAUUAUCGCAGAUUGAUAAUGAAAAACGAGCGAACGUUGGGCGCGAACCGCUCUGAUUGGACGACUGAACACAACACUCCAGCUAGCAGCACGUUUUGGCGGGAGAUCCGCAUAUAGCUGAGGUUUAGCGGCUUAGCACACACGUCGCCUUUCUACUGCCUUGAAC